UGCUUUUGCAGGGCAAAGUCCUGCCCUUUUCCAUUCGUGCUUUUCCUAGGUGGAAAAUGUUCAGAGGUAUUUGUCCAUAGGGAAAGCUGUAGGUUGUCUUUAAUGCUGCCGUUCCAGUACAGACUCAUCACUGGGGUCUGAUGAUAAUAUUCCUUAUACCAGGGAAAACAUCAGCCUCCAAGUAUGAGGUCCCAGGCACGACUUGGAAGUCGUGCAACUGAAACCUUUGGCCAGGAAGUUUGAUUUAUUCAUCGGGCUGGCUGCAGUUCAAAUAGAACUUCUUCAGUUCAGCUGACUCCAGUGAGAAUAUGGACUGCAAGGAAAAAGAAACCCCUUAAAUCUAUGUUUCUCCAGCCUUUUGCAAAAGGAUCGACAGUGGCGGUAUGCACGCCGAUUCCUGUGAAUAUUCCUGAGUUCCUGGGGGACUGCUUUGCUUUUUGAAUCAGGACGUUGCAAAACACCCUCAAGAAUGGCACUGGUGGAUAAACACAAAGUCAAGCGGCAGCGACUGGACAGAAUCUGUGAAGGUAUUCGCCCCCAGAUCAUGAACGGCCCCAUGCACCCGCGGCCGCUGGUGGCACUGCUGGACGGCAGGGACUGCACGGUGGAGAUGCCCAUUCUGAAGGACCUGGCCACGGUUGCUUUCUGUGAUGCACAAUCAACUCAGGAGAUUCAUGAGAAGGUAUUAAACGAAGCCGUUGGGGCGAUGAUGUACCACACCAUCACGCUGACUCGGGAAGACCUAGAGAAGUUCAAGGCCUUACGGGUCAUCGUUCGAAUAGGCAGCGGCUACGACAACAUUGACAUCAAAGCUGCGGGGGAGCUUGGGAUCGCCGUCUGCAACAUCCCAUCGGCGGCGGUGGAGGAGACGGCCGACUCCACCAUCUGCCACGUCCUCAACCUGUACCGCCGCAACACGUGGCUCUACCAGGCGCUGCGGGAAGGCACGAGGGUGCAGAGCGUGGAGCAGAUCCGGGAGGUGGCCUCCGGAGCCGCCCGCAUCCGGGGGGAGACGCUCGGCCUCAUCGGCUUCGGUCGCACUGCGCAGGCGGUCGCGGUCCGAGCCAAGGCGUUUGGCUUCAACGUGAUCUUUUACGACCCGUACCUGCAGGAUGGGAUCGAGAGGUCCCUGGGGGUCCAGCGGGUCUACACGCUGCAGGACCUGCUCUACCAGAGCGACUGUGUCUCAUUGCACUGUAACCUUAAUGAACACAACCACCACCUUAUCAACGACUUCACGAUCAAGCAGAUGAGGCAGGGAGCGUUCCUGGUGAACACAGCACGCGGGGGGCUGGUGGACGAGAAGGCCUUAACACAAGCCCUGAAGGAGGGACGGAUACGAGGGGCUGCGCUCGACGUGCACGAGUCUGAACCGUUCAGCUUUGCUCAAGGCCCAUUGAAAGAUGCUCCUAACUUAAUCUGUACCCCUCACACUGCCUGGUACAGCGAGCAGGCGUCCCUGGAGAUGAGAGAAGCUGCUGCUACUGAAAUCCGGCGUGCCAUCACAGGGCGCAUCCCAGAAAGCCUAAGGAACUGCGUCAAUAAGGAAUUCUUUGUCACGACGGCUCCGUGGUCAGUAAUAGAUCAGCAGGCGAUCCAUCCGGAGCUCAAUGGUGCCACGUACAGGUAUCCACCUGGGAUGGUCAGUGUGGCACCGGGAGGAAUACCGGCAGCUAUGGAGGGCAUCAUUCCCGGCGGCAUCCCUGUCACUCACAACCUCCCCACAGUGGCACAUCCUUCCCAAGCGCCAUCUCCAAACCAGCCCACAAAACACGGGGACAACAGGGAACAUCCCAACGAGCAAUAGCAGCUAAUUUAAAAAGCACUCCAUAAACUUAGGACCAAGAGACAUUGGAAAAGAAGUUAUCCACGGACUAAAGGAAGCAUUUGAUACGACAUUUGUAACGUUCCUUUUGGACAGACGCAUCAUUGAUGUUCCCCUGUUCCCCACAAAGCGACAGCGGGUCAAUGGGGAGAAGGCCUGAAGAAGUCACCUCAACUGAAGCGCUGAAAACUCGGAUGUGAUCCAUGAAUGAGCAACUUCUGUUCUUGUGUGUUCAGUUUCCUUCAUCUGUGCAUCAAUCACAUGAAUAAAGAGAGAUUCUUUCCCCUCACCUUUAGUUCAUUGGGAAGGGCAGAGCUUCUGCACCAGCGUUCAAACCGCUGCGCUCAGCCAUCACUGCGGAGUUAACACGGAUGCGGCUUCAGCCCUUUCCUUACUCCUGGAUCUGGUCACCUCUUCCAACAGGAAGCGUUAGGCCUGGCUUAGAGGAAAAACAUCCUAAUAAUCAUAGGGCCAGUAAUGGAAGUUCUCCUGCCAGGCUUAAGCUGGGAUCCAUGGGAUGAGGAGGGCAGAAAGGGAAUGGCCACUGCCCUGCUAAAAGCUAAAGGAAGAACCCAACAACUGCCCCAUACACUGAAUAAAGUAGCUGUGCAUCCACCUCUGCCCUGCAAUGAUGCAAGACAAAAAAAAAGUAAAAAAAAGGAAAAAAAAAAAAA